AUGGAGAUCGCUGAGCAGAACGUUGGCAAGUCUUGUGCCAUUGUCAACCUCAUCCCCCCAAAGGAGGGUAGCAACAUCUGGACGGCCAAGCAGGUCACCAUUGCUCGGAACCUUCCUCCCAAUCGUGGAACUGGCCGCCACCAGAUUGACUGGUCCUUUGGGCCCGUCAAGGUUACCGGUUAUGUUGAUACCACCAACUGGGAGAUUGGUGUGACUGUUAGCAUCAUGGGAAUCGACCUUGGCACCGUCUAUGGAAACCUCAGAGACGGAGUCGUCCUCAACGUUGACCUUUUCCUAGCCAAGGGCCAGGUCCGGUUCUACCUGAAGAACGGCAACGAAGUUUGGGUUCACCUGAGUGUUGAGAUCAGAUUCGACGGAAAGUUCGAGGGCGACUACAAGAUUAUCACAGUUUAG